AUGUCUCGCAAUCGACCUCGGCCUAGAGAUAAUGGGCUCGGCAACAACGAGGAAAUGGAGCUUUGGACUCGGAUCUGCCAGGACAUCCGCAAGUCCAAAGACAAGUUCGACCAACAAGCUUCAUUAUCCUUGCAGAUCAAAACACUAGUAGAGAAAAUCACCCGCGACGGUAACAAACCGACGAUGACCGAGCACGACCAACUUGAUACCUGGCUACGCCAGAGCCAGAAACUCAGCGAGGAGGAACGCUCUAUCAUGAUGGACGAACCGUGCGAUGUGAUCAAGAACCUGGAGCUACUUACCGCGCUUCGGAAGGCAUCCGAAGCUGAAGCACCCCCAAAUCGAUCAUCUGCGCUCUCUAAAUCCAGGAAAAAAAGGUCGGAUAUGGAGAGUUCGGCGACUGAUUCUCCUGGUGCUUCGGGUGUUGAUAAGUCCAGUCGCUCAAAGGGGACUGUUCCGCGCAGCGCUAGUGUGUCAAGCACCCAGGCGCGUGAGGGUCGCAAUGAUGGUGUUGCAGUGAAGAUUGAGGAAGGGUCCGAGGGAACUAAGGGGACCGUCGCUGAGCGUAGUGGUCUUCUCGUCGUGGGGGCCCAAGUAGUCUUCAAACAUAACAAGAAACAACAAGGGGUGGAAGGGGAAGGCAUACAAUGCAUCAUCAAAAAUAUCUCUGGUGAUGGUCACAAAAAACGAUGGUAUGAUGUCCAAGAUCCAGAACCCAAUGAGAAUGGCGAGCAGGGGGCCGUUUACAAGACCACAGCCGCAUCUCUCAUCCCCAUCCCACAAAUGAGCGGCUCCUUGCCUUCUUUUCCGACGGGGAAGCAGGUCCUUGCAAGAUACCCGGAUACCACGACUUUCUACCGGGCAGAGGUAAUGGGCGCAAAGAAAGAUGUAUAUCGUCUGAAGUUCGAAGGCGAGGAGGAUGAUAAGGAGAUGGAGGUCGACCGGCGCUACGUUUUGGACAUUCCCAACAAGUAG